AUGAAGCUUCUUCAGUACAUGUAUCUCGCCGCCUUCGGCACCGUCACCGCCAACGCCUACAUGUGCAACUGCUUCAACGUCAACAGGCCCGAGAUCGUUGCAGCCGCCCAUGUUUGCAAGGCUUUCGGAGGAGCGCUCUGCAGCGACAAGGCGCGAAACAUCAAUGGCUGCAUCAUGGGCCAUACCAUCAACGAUGCCGACUGCGCCAGGCUUUACUUCAAGAUUGAGAACGGCAAGGAGGUCCCGGAUACCACUUUCAAGGCGAACUGCGAGCACUACACUGGCUCUUGCCCUAAUUAG